AUGAUGGAAAUUCUAACGGACACAUCGAAACUCGAACUUCUAAAUGAUGAUGCCAUCAAAAUUACACUCAAACGCGAGAAUCAAGUAAAGACGUUGCUGAGAAAACUAAAGGCAAAAAAAUGCAUAAAUGAAAAAACAUACAACGAACUUUAUCCCACUGGUACACGUAUCGGCAUACUUUAUGGACUCCCUAAAAUUCAUAAAUCCUCCAUCCCUCUAAGACCAAUCUUGUCUAGUAUUGACCACUACUCCUACAAGCUAGCCAAAUUCUUUAUUCCUUUCCUUACACCAAUCUCCGCCAACUCCCAUGUUAUCAAGGACUCUUUCUCUUUUGUCCAAGAUCUUUUACAAAGUGACAUUAACGCCAAUAACGUUGUGAUGGCGAGCUUUGAUGUUAAAUCAUUGUUCACCAAAAUCCCAGUGGAUGAAACAAUCGCCAUAAUAACUAAUCACAUCUUCUCCAAUAACACGUCGUUUCAAGGCCUUGACCCUUCACAAUUCACUCAACUUCUCUCCCUCUCCGUCAAAAACUGUCAUUUCUUCUUUAACGGCUAA